GGCAUGGCCCAGGCUAGAAUUAAUCAAGUUUGCCUGUCCAGUCCGUGGCUGUGCGCGCGUCUCGCUCAAUCUUUACCAAGUGCUGACAACAUCUAUAACGUCUCGCAUGCUGGGUGCUCCGUGUCCAGUCUGCUCCUCACCUGUGCCUCCAUCGCCCCCGCUGGCCACGCAUCAUGAGACUCACGCCCCAGGACGCUGGCCCCGUGUCGAUGAAGCAGGAGGAUGCUGGUGAUGGACCUGAUGGUGGCGACACUCCGGCCACGCAACGCCAGAGACGGAACCACACGCGCAGCAGAGAUGGCUGCCUGACCUGUCGCAAGAGGCACAAGCGCUGCGACGAGACCAAGCCCGUCUGCAUCAACUGCUCCACGACGUCCCGCCAAUGCGAGUAUUCGCAACCCAGUGUGCCCCUGAGAGAGCGACGUGCCACGGAGCGGGCUGGCGUCCCGGGCCUCCAGCAGCCAUGGACAGUGUCGACACCAGCCUCGGAGGUUCAAAUCAAGGCCAAGUCUGCCAAACCAACUCCCGCACCUCCAAAGAAGCCUGCCACAAACUGGCAGAAGCUACUCGGCAAGUCGGGCGACCCGUUUAGCACGUACUCGAUCGACAUGCCGCUGGAGUCCGUGACGCUGCUGCAAUACUUUCAUCGAUCUGCCAUGGACCACGUGGACGAUCCGCGAAAGAACUCUCUGCGCGCGGUCAUCCACGACCCGACCGCCCUCCGCUCGGCCGUGCUCCUCGCCAGCGUCCACUACGCGUGGAGCACGGGGCAGCUGGCCGAUUUUGCCAAGACGUACUUCUUCCACAAGGUCGAGAACAUUCGCCUGAUCAACACGAAGAUACAGCGCACGAUGCGGACGCGGCUGGAGCUCUGCGACUGCAUCAAGGAGGUAGCCACCCUCGCCAUGGUGGAGGCGUUGUUGAUCUCGGACGAGGUCGCUGCCGAGAGUCACAUACAAGGCAUGCUGGCUUUGCUGGAGGCGCGCUCCGCAAUCCGGGACGAGUUAUCGUCCAGCGACACGCAAAAGACCCUCCACGAGGAACUGUGUGACCGAUAUGUUCUCUUCGUCAGCAUGCUUGUGCAGGGCGUCAAGACGCGCAACGCAGACCUCGUAGACGUCAGGAACAAGCCAUGCAUACAGCCCGACAGCCAGAUGGAGGCGUGGAUCCAGGAGCGCAUGAUCGGUCUCAAGGUGGUCUGCCUGAUCCCGAACCUCUUCUCGCCCCCGCCGGCGUCCACCGUGCCCAGACCCAUCGACGUGGUCCGCAGCCUCGAGAUCCUCCGCUCCAUGACGCACGCCUGCGAGCUCAAGCACCGCUGGCACGGGUCCGAGGAAUACGAAAGCGUGAGGGACAUUAUGUGGAGUCGGCACUCGGCCACGGACAUGUGGUACAUUGGCAUGGAGAACCACACCGAUUCGCUCCUGGCGGCGGAGGAAGAGCCACGGCUACCUUCGGCGUGGAGUGGCAUGUACGCGACGGUGGCGGCGUACGAGAACUGCGUGAUCGAGGCGACCAAUGCUGGGUGCGUCAUGGAUCAGCGCUUGUUGGGGCAUCACCUGGCCAUGGUCGACAUGGACCUACAACAAGCCCGAAGGUGCUUGAAGGAGGAUCCCGUGUCUUCCAAGACUUCGCAGAGCAAUCUGUGGCUCUGGAAGGCUUUUACCGGUGCGUUCAGCUUGGGUUGUGUGGAGGGGCCUCUUGAUUUUGGGAACAGGGCCCUCAGGGCGUCGUUUGAAGGCCACAUCAGGGAGGCUGCCCUUGCUUUUGGCAUCGAGGGCUGGGACGGGGCUCGUCAAAGGCUCGAAACGAUGGCUUGGCCUUCGAGAGCGUACAAAGAGACGCAGUCUAUCCAGACGUGGUACCGAGCCAUGCUGGGCAAAGCAGCCUCGGCCAAGGACACAACGCCUGCCUGAUUCGAUAUCAUGAGGACAGCAUAGCAUCGGAGUUUUUUUUUUU